GGGAAAGGCGCGGCCGCGGCUAGCGCUAAGCGCAACCGACAAGUGCCAAGCCACUAGGGCUUUCGCUUCCUCGUUCGCCCACAACGAACUUUUUGCUGCACACUCGAACGACUUUCGAUACUUCGAUCCAUCCAGCAGUCGACCAGCACCACACAGUCGCCAUGUCGGACGGAAAGGACAAGAGCGCCAACCCCAUGCGCGAGCUGCGCAUCCAAAAGCUCGUGCUGAACAUCUCGGUCGGCGAAUCUGGUGACAGACUCACGCGUGCAGCAAAGGUGCUCGAGCAGCUGAGCGGUCAAACCCCAGUGUACAGCAAGGCCCGCUACACUGUCCGUACCUUCGGUAUCCGUCGUAACGAAAAGAUUUCCGUCCACGUUACCGUGCGUGGCCCCAAGGCCGAGGAAAUCCUCGAGCGUGGCCUCAAGGUCAAGGAAUACGAAUUAAGGAAGCGCAACUUCUCCGAGACCGGCAACUUUGGCUUCGGCAUCAGCGAGCAUAUCGACUUGGGCAUCAAGUACGACCCUGGUAUCGGUAUCUACGGCAUGGACUUUUACUGCUGCAUGACCCGCCCUGGAGAGCGUGUUGCCAAGCGCCGACGUGCCAAGGCCAGUAUCGGUCCCAACCAUCGCAUCAACCAAAAUGAGACUAUCAAGUGGUUCAAGAACCGUUUCGAGGGUAUCGUUCGGUAAAUUCGUGCAUGGGAGCGGUCGGGGUAAUGUGUGGGAAAUGGUGAAAUGGUGAUUGAUAUUAGGCGCUGUUUUACGAAUCUUUCCUUGUCUCAAAAGAAAAAGAAUGCA